AUGUCGAACAAUACCAAUGCCAAUGGCAUUACCGGCGCCAACUUCGACAUAUAUGGUGCCAACCGUGUACUUCCCCGGGCAAUGACUGCGUUUACAGCUAUUGCCUGGUACAACUCGAUCGAGAUACUCAUCCUCAUCUUCGUCAUCUUCAGGAGGUACUCUGGUCUGUACUUUUGGAGUCUGAUAGUCAAUGCGAUCAGCAUUGUGCCAUAUGCGACUGGAGCAUGGAUGAAGCAAAAUAACGUUGCGCAUAAUCCCUACGUUUACAACACCCUGCUCACACUCGGGUGGAUCUUCAUGGUUCCUGGGCAGUCCAUGGUACUGUACUCUCGUCUGCACCUGAUCUCGCCAAAUCUCAAACUCCUGCGAUUCAUCUUUUGGGUGGUCGUUGUCUCAGCAGUCUGUCUCUGUGUACCUACCACAACGCUAAACCUACGCCAAUAUACCAAGCACCCAGAACCAUACACGCGCGGCUAUAUGGUCAUGGAGAAGAUACAGAUGACUCUCUUUACUAUUCAAGAGAUCUCGAUCUCUUGCGUCUAUCUUUGGGAGACCCGCAAGCUUAUGCGCGUCAUCUUCGACGGUAAAGCCAGGAAGUGGAUGUGGCAGCUCGUCGUAAUGAACGCCCUCCUGCUGAUACUGGAUACUGCGUUGCUCACAACAGAAUUCCUCGAUCUGUAUAUGAUACAGACAACCUUCAAAUCUCUUGUAUAUAGUUUCAAGCUCAAGAUUGAGUUCGCAGUGCUCAGCCAGAUAGUCCGCGUCAUCCAAGAUCGUGCGCAGUCUAGCCGCUCCAUCGUCACGCUUCCAUCGGAUCCAGGGCGCCAACUUCACGUAGGAAAACCGAUAUCAAGUCAGAUUUCAGAGGUGGAGGACAUGCAGCGCAAUGUGCCACUCGAGUGGCGGUUAUCGAGAGAAACUACAGCUUUUGUUUCGCCAGUCGCGCUCACUACAACGAAGAAGCACGACGUCGAAAGUGCUAGGUGCAGCGUUAUAUCUAUUGACGCGAUGUAUCCUGGAAGAUUGGGAUGA